GGCAAAAGCAUAUACCUCCUGGUUUGGUUUUGUUGUUUUUUGAACUAUACUUUUGUCUCACGGAAAUUGUUGUUUAGCAUGAAUCUUAUCCAUUUCAAGAGGCACAGAAUAAACUUGGGAAACUUGAAACAACUCAUUCUCUGUCAAGCUUGAUUAAGAAGGUUAUAAUUACAAAUGGAAGUAGAGAUUAAGCUUCGGCUACAAGAUUCAGCAUCUCACCAGAAGCUUUCCAAGUUGCUCUCUCAAUUUCACACCAAAACUUUAAUACAAGAAAACAUCUUCUUUGAUGGAACAAACUCAGAGCUCACCUCCAACCUUGCGGUUCUCCGAGUCCGGUUCUACGACAUGGAUCAAAAUUGUGUUCUUUCCCUCAAAGCCAAGCCUAUGAUCUCAGGUGGGGUGAGCCGCAUGGAGGAGCAUGAGGAGCCAUUUGACCCUGUGCUCGGUCGAGCAUGCAUUGCCGAGCCAUGGAGGCUCUUAUCAGUCGACAAUUCGAAGGUACUGAGGAGGGUGAGAGAUGAAUAUGGUUUUGGUGCAAGUGGGGUUGUGUGCUUGGGAGGGUUUAGGAACUUGAGGGCUGUGCAUGAGUGGAGAGGGUUGAAGCUGGAGCUGGAUGAGACCAACUAUGACUUUGGUACAAACUAUGAGUUGGAAUGUGAGAGUGCUGACCCUGAAAAGCACAAGGAAUUGCUUGAGGACUUCCUCAAAGAGAAUGGAGUGCAAUAUUCAUAUUCUAAUGUUUCUAAGUUUGCCAUUUUUCAGUCCAGGAAGUUGCCUCAAUGAGGUAGUAAUUAGUAUGUUGAAUGCAUGAUAUGAUUAGGGUGUUUUUAAAACACAACAUUGUUCUGUGAAUCAUAUAUGCAGCACACUGAACAAUUCACUACUACAUUGAUUUAUAAAGCACACAUUCUUAAAUAUAUGCCGUGCAUGUAUUAAACAUAAGAAUCUGAAUAAUCAGGAAAUAUCUCACAAAUAGUUCAAGAGCAUUAGGCUUUCUCUUGGGCCUAUUUACUAUGUUUUGUAUCAUCACUAAGUCAUGGACAGUACAUCAAUAUUGCUAAAAUGUUGGGUCAAACUUAAGUCGGUAGUUAUAAGCUAAUCAUAAUUAAGGAUACAU